AUGGAGGCCAUGGCAAAUGGACCCAAUUUCGAACCGGGUAACAAUAAUUCGACCAAUCUGGAAAUCAACAACGCAACCCCUGUUUCGGAUCAUCAAAACUUGAAUCCGACCGUGGAAUUUAAACCUUCUUCUCUUCAAAAUCUAGUAACGUUAGCAACUAGUUCCACCAAUCAUACUCCUGAUUUCGAUUCCAGGUUUUCAAAUCACAAUUCCUCAUACACAAACAACUGGUCUAAUCAAGAAGACAACAACGAAGAAGAUGGGUAUCUUGAUGAUUCUACUGUCAACGAACCCCCGAUUCAUCCGGGGUACAAAAAUCACAAGAGUUCUUCGUUCACCGGUGGAGUUCGUAUAAAACCCUCGAAUCCUUCUCACCAUGAACCCGCCCACCCCAAGCCAACAAGAAAGUUUAGCAAGGUUGUUCAUGAACAUGAAGUCAAUGAAGAUGGCGAAGUGUGGGUUAAAGUGCCUAGAAACACAAAUUUGUUUAAGGGGAACCAUCAAAACGGCAACGGUUGGAAUGACAUGGAUGGUUCAAUUUAUGUUUUUUUCUGUUCAGUUUUGUUUGUUUUGGACAAAAACAUGUAA